AAACUGUCCCCAAAUGCUUUCUUCAGACUGGACGCACAUAGGCCUUCUGAGCCUGACCGUGGUCCUUCAUCAGAGUUAGUGCUACAGAAGCCUUUAGACCGGGAAAAGCAGUCUGUGAUCAAGCUUAUUUUAACGGCAGUUGAUGGAGGAAAGCCUCCAAGAUCCGGUACGACUGAAAUUACUAUUAACGUGCUGGAUGCCAACGAUAACGCCCCUGUGUUUUCCACUGCUCUAUACAAAACUAAAGUCUCAGAGACUGCGCCGGUUGGCACUACGAUAUUGAGGAUUAACGCUACAGAUCUAGAUGACGGUCUAAACGCUGAAGUAAUUUAUUUGUUCAGCCAACAGGGCCAACGGGGAGCCUAUGACAUGUUUGCAAUAAAUCAGAGUACGGGAGAAAUAACGGUGGCAAGGCCGUUGGAUUUUGAAACGACCAGUGCCUACGAGAUCCGCGUAGAGGCCCUGGAUCGAGGCAGCACGCCUUUAGCCUCCCAUGCCAAGGUGCUGGUAGAGGUAAUAGAUGUAAAUGACAACGCUCCUGAAAUCAAACUGUCCUCUCUUUCAGAGAGCGUGAGAGAGGACGCCAAAAAGGGCACCGCGAUUGCACUGAUCACUGUUCUUGACAAGGACGGAGGUAGAAACGGUCACGUGCGUUGCACCAUAUCCGAAGGGACGCCGUUUCUGCUGGAGUCAUCUCAGGGCAAAUAUUACUCCCUCGUCCUUGAAGAUAUCCUCGACAGGGAAAUCCACUCCGAGUAUAAUGUCACUAUCAUAGCUACUGACGAUGGUAGUCCUCCCCUCUCCAGCACGAGCGUUUUUACUAUUCACGUUUCCGACGUUAAUGACAACGCGCCUCAGUUUCCGGAACCUAUAGUCAACUUGUACCUAAAAGAAAACAGCCCCACGGGAUCCUUGAUAUGUUCUCUGACCGCUUUAGAUCCGGACCAGGAGGCAAACGCUCAAAUAUCAUAUUCUUUAGGGCCUAUAACGACGGCUACACAGUCAUCUGUUGCUGUCAAUGUAAAUUCUUUAACUGGAGAAAUGUACAGUCUGCAGUCUUUUAACUUCGAGGAAACUAAGAGAUUCCAGUUCCAAGUUCAGGCCACAGACGGUGGUGUUCCUCCUCUGAGCAGUAACGUGACUGUGAACGUUUUUAUCCUGGAUGAGAAUGACAACACUCCUGUUAUUCUCCCGCCCUAUUCUGACCAAGGCUCUGUCAACUCUGAGAACAUUCCCUACUCUGCUGAAGCGGGCUACUUUGUGGCCAAGAUCAGGGCUGUAGACCUAGACUCUGGUUACAACGCGCUGCUCUCUUAUCACAUCUCUGAACCAAAGGGGCCAAAUCUGUUCAAAAUUGGAAGCAGCAAUGGAGAGAUCAGGACUAAGAGACGCAUGAGUGACAAUGACUUAAAAACUCACCCGCUGGUCAUAGUGGUGUCUGACAAUGGAGACCCUUCCCUGUCUGCCACUGUGUCUAUUGAUGUUGUGGUGGUUGAAAGUACAGGUGACAUGCAGACAACUUUCAGACAGCUACCAGUAAAGGAGGAGAGUUUCUCAGAUCUAAACCUGUAUCUGCUGAUCUCCAUAGCCUCAGUAUCAGUGAUAUUUCUACUGAGCCUCAUCAGUUUAAUAGCGGUAAAAUGCCACAAGACAGACGGCAGUUUCAGCAGGUACAGCGCCCCAAUGAUAACCACCCACCCUGACGGGAGCUGGUCUUACUCCAAAUCUACUCAGCAGUAUGACGUGUGUUUUAGCUCAGACACAAUGAAGAGUGACGUGGUGGUUUUCCCCACGUCGUUUCCACCUGGUGACGGGGAGCUGAUCAGUAUCAAUGGAGGAGACACUUUCAGUAGGACUCAAACUCUGCCCACCUGCGAAAAGGUGUAG